AGUUAGAUGAAUUCGCGCCACUGCGUGACACAGUGACACCGGUGUACGGUGCAGUGUUCCAAUUUUAAUAUAUCGGAUUUUUCGGUGGUCUCUCUCUGGAAAAGCAAUUCAAGCGAUGAGAGCCCAAAAGUAACCAGCACAAUGGACACAAUUGGGAACAAUGUUAGAGUGGAGGAAGCAGUAGCAUCCAGGAUAGAAGUGGACCGUCAGGCGAGGACCAUGGAGAGGCUGUCCGACGUACAGACCUUCUACGAGAAGAAGAACAUUCUCAUUACAGGAGCUACUGGUUUCCUUGGCAAGGUGCUAAUGGAGAAGCUGCUGCGUCGAUGCCAGGGUCUGGAGAACCUGUACAUCCUGGUGCGGCAGAAGCGCGGUCAGGAUAUUUACUCCAGGGUCGAAACCGUCUUCGAAGAUCCACUGUUCGACCGUCUGAAGGAGGAGGUGCCGAAGUUCCGUCACAAGGUGGUGGUGGUGCAGGGCGACUGCGACGCCGCCGGCCUCGGCCUCAACAUCACUGACAGACAGAUGCUCAUCGAGAAAGUGAACGUGAUCUUCCACUCGGCGGCGACGGUGAAGUUCGACGAACACCUGCGGCGGGCGCUCAUCACCAAUGUCCGAGCCACGCGCACGCUGGUGCACCUGGCUCGAGAGAUGACCGGGCUUACUGCUUUCAUGCACAUAUCGACCGCAUUCGGCUACCCUUUCCUGAAGUACAUAGACGAGAGAGUGUACCCCUGCAACGUCGACUACGACGAGCUGCAGGGCCUCGUCGACAACAUGACGGACGACGAGGUGGACGCGUACACGGACAAGGUGUUGGACAAUAAAUGGCCAAACACUUACACGUACACCAAAGCCAUGACAGAAAAUGAACUCCUGAAAAACAGCAAGAACAUCCCACUGUGUAUAUUUCGACCAGCUAUAGUUUCUUCAACAACAGAAGAGCCUGUAAAAAGUUGGGUCGACAAUAUGUAUGGGGCCACAGGUGUCGCAGCCGGUUGCAUGACGGGUGUGCUGCGGUCGCUGCAGUGUGACCCGGACAAGACGGCGGAGCUCGUGCCCGUCGACUACGUCGUCAACUGCCUGCUCGUGGCCUCGCUGCACGUCGCCAACCUGUACAAUACCAGCAGCCCGUCGGAACCACCGGUAUACAACUUCGUGACGGCGCAGGGUAACAAGCUGACGUGGAACGACUUUCGAGUCAUGAACUUCAAGCACAUCGACCUUUAUCCCACCACUAAAGCUAUAUGGUACAGAACGCUAAGUCUGAACAGGAACUACUACGUGAACCUGAUUUAUGUGCUGUUCCUGCACACGCUGCCGGCGCUGCUGGUGGAUAUUGUCGUGGUCUGCCUCACGCAGAAACCCAAGAUGUUGAAAGUGUAUCGAAAGAUUCACAAGUUUUCUGCCGUGCUCGCUUAUUUCUCCACGCGACAGUUCAAGUUUAGCAACGAGCAGACCGAGCAGCUGUGGGAGCACACCUCGACCUUAGACAAGAAGCUAUUUCCAUUUGAUAUGAGACAACUAGACUGGGAGGAGUACUUCAAAGAAUAUCUUCUGGGGAUAAGGAGGUUCCUACUGAAGGAGAAAGAUGAAACUAUACCACAAGCACGAAUAAAGAUAAAAAGGUUGUACUACCUCCAUCAGCUGGUGCUGUGGGCAGGGAUGCUGCUCCUCCUGUACCUGCUCACUGUCGUGAUGCUGCCUCUCGUACUGUAACAACGAUUAUGGACUGUUUAUUAAACGCUAGUAAUAUUAAUGUCUACUUAUUUCCUCAUUUGUUCUGCCAGAUUUUGUUGGUACUUCGUAUCGAUUAGUAAAAAAUAACGUUUGUUUUGGAAUAACUGUACAGUAUUAGACUAUUGUAUUUAAAUAUAUUUUUUUAAGAUAAAAAUUGUUUA